GCACUGCCCGCUCCGUGUGGGGAUGUAGAGUGGGGUGUCCACCAUUGCCGCCCGUACCCCCCGCUCUCCUCGCCGUCUCCUUCAGGACACCGGGGUCCCGCCAGUACCGCGGGUUGUCCACAAGUUGUUGUCUCCGGGGAGGAGCGCGGGGUUGUCCGAAAAUUAUAGCUCCUGGGAGGCAUCGGUGGGCGGAACGCGGGGCGGGAGCCGUGGGAUGGGGGGAGCCGGACGGGGACGUACCGAGGCACGGAGGGGGAUGGUUUGAGCGACGGACACAGGCGCCCGAUGAUGGCGGCGGUGCCGAAGGUGCUGUGCUCAGAGAAGGGAGCGUUGCUCAGGCAGUURUUCGCUGCCAGCAGAGCAGUAACACCCAGAGAAAACCGUCUGUGUGCUGCAGGUGAUGCACUCCUGGGUUGCCACAGAUCCUACAGGUCCCGACCUACACAUGGAAUUGGGAGGUUUAAAUACCUGCUCCCAAAGGAGRUUCCAAAGAAGAGAAAGGAGAAAGUGCAGAUGAAAGAGAUCGAUGCUGGCACAGAGUACCAGUACGGAGAUGUCAAUAUCCAGAUGACCUCCUACGAUCUGUGCCUGGUGGAGCAUUUUGCUCAGUAUGUCCAUAGACUCUGCAACCGGCUUUCARUCCGGGUCAACGAGAGCUAUGCCAUGCCCACCAAAACCAACGAGGUGCUGUACCUGGAAGAGCGGGGAUCCAAAAUGCAGCUGGAUGCYGUCCUUACCACCCACCAGAGGAUUGUCCAGAUCCACGGUUUGAGUUCAACGUUUGCUCCCAUACUCCUGGAAAUCAUUCAGAGUAACCAGCCUGAGGGGGUCCAUCUGUUAGUGAAACAGCACACGGAAGCUGAUUUCAAGAGCCGAUUGAAGUCUCGACCAGAGCUGGAAGAGCUGCUGGCACAGAUGUCCUGAGGUGAGGAGUGCUACAUCCAUGGCUGUUCAGCCUCCAGAGGGUGAUUCCAUGAGCAUUGUACUGGUAACUCAGUGAAUUUGAAGGAAUUCCACUGUUGGCCAUCAGCUUGUCUCAAUAAAAAUAAAUCAUGUAUCUGUUUGUACUGGGAGUGAAACUGCCACAAUGGAAUGUGGGUUUGCUUUCCUUUUUUUUUUUUUAAUUCCUGCCUAUUUUACUUUUGAUAGGUGGGAAUUUCUGCAGAAAUCUCUGCGAGUGAAUAAAGCUGUUCUGCAACAAC